AUGGCGGGGACAAUCUUUCUCCUGCUCAUCAGUGCCGCGUUCAUGACAUGGCGCUAUCUCGUUCGCCGACCUACUGCGCCCAUCAUCGAUAAAAUUCCUGGGCCUGCCCCAGAUACAUUCUUGAGAGGAAACCUCCCCCGUUUCCUGUCUCGUCACGGCUCGGAUUUCCAGCGCCAUGUAGCGUUGGAUUAUGGUCCAGUUUCAAAGAUACACGGGAUUCUGGGCCGUCCGAUUUUGUAUAUCUCUGACCCCAAGGCGUUGCACCACAUCAUUAUCAAAGAAGAGCCUAUAUUCCAAGAGACUAGCGCAUUCCUGAAGUCCAACAUGUUGAUGUUCGGCCCCGGUCUGCUUUCCACUGCCGGCGACGUUCACAGGAGGCAACGCAAGAUGCUGAAUCCAGCGUUCUCUACCGUCCAUAUGCGUUCUAUGAUACCGAUAUUUUACCAGGUUGUGCACAAGUUGCGGAAUGCUGUUGCAAAGCAAGUGAAGGAGGGCUCUCAGGAAGUCGACAUGUUGAAUUGGAUGGGUCGUACUGCUUUGGAGCUCAUCGGGCAAGGUGGACUGGGAUAUUCUUUCGACCCUCUCACACAAGAUAUGCAGAACGAGUAUGGUAACGCCUUGAAAUCAUGGUUCCCGAAUAUGCAGAAGGUCGCCAUGUUGCGGCGUUUCACGCCUUUGUUUGCGAAUAUGGGUCCGGCGUGGUUUAGGCGAUUUGUCUUGAGCUUGAUCCCCAUCGCAAAAAUUCAAAAGGUUAAGGAGCUCGUCGACACUAUGACUGCAAGAUCGCACGAGAUUUUCCGAGGAAAGAAGGCUGCUCUGCGCCGUGGUGACGAAGAGCUGUUGCGCCAAGUUGGGGAAGGAAGGGACAUAAUGAGUAUCCUUAUCAGGGAGAAUUCUGGAACAUCAGAUACUAAUAGGUUGCCGGACGAAGAACUCAUAGCGCAGAUGUCUCUUCUUGUGCUUGCAGCGACCGACACUACUUCGAAUUCCCUCUCUCGGAUGUUACAACUGCUUUCUGAGCAUCCAGAUGUCCAAGAGAAGCUGCGUCAGGAACUUUUGGAAGCAGGCGCGGGAGAUGGUUUGUCAUAUGACGAAUUAGACCAGCUGCCCUACCUCGACAGUAUAUGCCGAGAGACUUUGCGUGUCUAUCCGGCGGCUCCUGUUGUGAUCCGCGUAGCCACUAAGGACACUGUUCUCCCGCUGUCCGAGCCGAUUGUUGGCACUGAUGGCACCAUGAUCUCCGAGAUACCUAUUUCCAAGGGAAUGGAGGUUAUUGUUGGCAUAUUGGGCUGCAAUUCGAGCAAGGCACUCUGGGGAGAGGAUGCUCUGGAAUGGAAGCCCGAGCGAUGGCUCUCUCCCCUUCCUGCUACCGUCACGAAGAACACCAUUCCUGGUGUCUAUUCUAAUUUAAUGACCUUCAUUGGUGGAAAACGCGCCUGCAUUGGAUUUAAGUUCUCAGAGAUGGAGAUGAAGGUCGUCAUGUCUGUACUUCUCUCGAACUUUCGAUUCCGCUCAACCGAUAAACCUAUCGAAUGGAACGUCGGUGGGGUUCGAUAUCCUACCGUGGGGAAAAUAGACAACACCCCCCAGCUACCGCUCCAGGUCGAACUAUUGAAGGAUAUCAAGGCGUAA